AUGGCGCGGGCACCGCCGGUGUCCGCCGCUCCCCUCGGCUCCUUCCUCCGGGACUUCCCGGCCCCGCUGGGCCCGGGCGAGCCGCUGCCGUGGAGCUCCGCGGGGAGCGGCGCCCUGAGCAGGGCCGAGGUUCCCGGCGCGCUGGCCGAGCGGGCGAGGAGCCUGUUGGGCGACAGAGGUGUUUCACCACUUCUUGCAGCGUCGUUGAUCCAUGCUGCCGUUGAUGAAGUUCUCCAAACAGACUUGACUGAAUUUAAGCUGCAAAAUGUGGAAACAGAGGGAGAAGGAGAUGAGGAAAGGUUCACCUUGCUGGAUGGGGAGUCGCUGCAGCGCUGCUUCUUUAACAAGCUUCGGGACAUUUGCUCUGAGUGGCACAAGCAGUUGCCAUCACUGAGACCCCUGGAGCGGUUCCUGCUUGUUUCCAUUCACGCCAUCCGUAACACUCGACGGAAAAUGGAGGAUCGCCACGUUCUGCUCCCAGAGUUCAACCAGCUGUUUGGUUUAUCAGAUGAUGUUGACCGUGCUUACUUUGCGGUAUUUGAUGGCCAUGGUGGAGUGGAUGCUGCCAAUUACUCAGCAACCCAUUUACAUGUAAAUGUUGGGUUACAUGAAGAGAUUGUUAAGAAUCCAGCUGAGGCCUUGAAAUGCUCUUUCCAGAAAACAGAUGAAAUGUUUCUUUUCAAAGCCAAAAGAGAGAAGCUGCGGAGUGGCACAACAGGGGUAUCUGCGUUGAUUGUAGGGAACAAACUGCACAUAGCAUGGCUGGGGGACUCACAGGUGAUGCUGGUGCAGCAAGGAAAAGCUGUGACAUUAAUGGAACCUCACAAACCAGAAAGAGAAGAUGAGAGAGCACGGAUUGAGACUCUGGGUGGCUGUGUAACCUACAUGGACUGCUGGCGGGUUAAUGGUACCUUGGCUGUUUCCAGAGCAAUUGGUGACAUAUGCCAGAAGCCCUAUAUCUCUGGGGAUGCAGAUGGAGAUUCCUUUGAGCUGACUGGUUCAGAAGAUUACUUGCUCCUGGCCUGUGAUGGAUUCUUUGAUGCCAUCAAGCCCUAUGAGGUUGUAGACUUGGUCCUGGAGCACUUAAUGCAGACCAAAGGAGAGGGGCUCAAAGCAGCAGAAAGACUGGUGGCUGCUGCCAAGGAGAACGGAUCCAGUGACAACAUCACUGUUCUAGUGGUGUUCUUGAGGCAUCCCCAGGACAUCUUGUCAGACUGUCUCAGAGACCCGAAGAGCCUUGGGGCUGAUGAUGAUGCUCAGAGCUCGCCCUUUAAUUUCCUCGGCUGCAAGCCAGCAGCCACACAGUGACAGAGUCUGUUUAGUCCAGAAUGGUCAGAUAAAUUCACAUAAGGAACUACUUUCCACUGAAGAAGCCUCUAAUACAGUAGGCAAAAUGUAUCAGGAAAGAAUGACAAAUGGACAAACAUGGAACAGAAAG